AGGCUGAAGAUCUCCCACUUGGACAGCAUUUUCCUGAGCCGUGUGGCCUGGGCCAAUGUCGGUGGGCUGCCAGGCAUGAUCCUCACAUUAAAGGCUAUGGGGCUGCAAAGAUGUGUUUUCUUAGGGCCACCAAAGCUGCAAAGCUACUUGAAAGCCAUUCGACUCUUUCCUGGACCCUUAAAGAGAAUGGACUUAGCUGUACAGCUGCAUACAGAGCUGGAGUAUAAGGAUGAGACGAUGACAGUUUACCAAAUACCUCUUAUAGGAAAGCCACUAGCUGCUGAAAGCAUGUUGCCUCAGAGUCCUGGAGCAUCAGCCCAAGGUGGAAACAGCCCAAAAGAUGAUCUAGGGCCUGGAUCCCCAAAAGCUGUGCAGCAAAGCCUGGAGGAGGGCAAGGAAAAGGAAAGCCCAAGAAAAACAGGUGACACAGAGAAGUGUGAUGGCAGGCAUCCUGAUCUGGUGAUGGCUUUCCUUUGUAAAAUUCACCCAAAGAAAGGAAAAUUCCUAGUAGCUAAAGCACAGGAGCUAGGCCUGCCAGUGGGAACUCCAGCCAUUCUUCCCAUAAUCACAGCUCUCAAAAAUGGGGAGAGCAUCACUUUUGAAGGCAGAGAGCUCUUGCCUGAAGAACUGUGUACCCCUACUGAUCCUGGUCCAGUGUUCAUUGUACUGGAGUGUCCCCACAAGGGCUUUGUGGAUGCUGUCUGUGAAAAUGACACCUUCCGAAGGUACCAAGAAGGGCUUCCUGAGAACCAGGUGGCUUUGGUUAUUCACAUGACUCCAGAGACAGUGCUUCAGGACAGCCGCUACCAGCAGUGGCUGGAAAGAUUUGGACGUGGAACUCAGCACUUAGUACUGAAUGAAAGCUCUGCUGCAGUGCAUAAUCCACGUAGCUACAAGAUACAAACCCAGCUGAACCUCAUCCACCCAGAGAUCUUCCCUCUGCUCACCAGCUACCAGAGCAAGGAAGAAGAGGCUGCCUUUAGUGUGCCCAUUGUCCGAGGAGAGUGCCUCCUGAAAUACCACUUCAGACCCCAACAGGAAUGGCAGAGGGAUGCUGUGACUGUCUGUGAUCACGAUGCCUUUGUAAGUGAAGCCCUAGAUCUCCCUGACUUCCAGGAUCGUGUGAAGGAGUGCAAAGAGAGCCUGCCUGAUGUACCAGGAAAUGUGGAUGCUUAUCCAGAAAUUGUGUUCUUGGGAACAGGAUCUGCAAUUCCAAUGAAAAUCCGAAAUGUCAGUUCCACACUGGUAAAUACUAGCUCUACCCGAUCCCUGCUCUUGGACUGUGGAGAAGGAACAUUUGGACAGCUCUGUCGUCACUAUGGAGAGCAAGUUGACCAAGUGCUUUGUAACAUAGCAGCUGUGUUUGUGUCUCACAUGCAUACCGAUCAUCACUCGGGCUUGUUGAACAUCCUGAUGGAGAGGCGGAGAGCUCUUGCAUCUCUUGGACAGGUAUUCAGCCCUCUGUUUCUGGUAGCACCUGAACAGAUCAUGCCUUGGCUAUAUGAGUACCACAACCACUGCGAAGAGAUUCUUGGAGACAUCAAAAUGAUUCCUUCCCAGUCUCUUGUGAAGGGCUGUGAGAACAUCAAACCUAAAGCCAAGUGGUUUGUCAGUUCUCUAUUGGAGAACUAUGACUUGGCUGAGUUUCAGACUUGUGAAGUCAAGCACUGUAAAAAUGCUUUUGCUUGUUCAAUGGUCCACAAAUCUGGCUGGAAAGUAGUCUAUUCUGGUGACACAAUGCCCUGCAUGGCCUUAGUACAAAUGGGGAAAAACGCUACACUACUGAUCCAUGAAGCAACACUGGAGGAUGGCAUGGAAAAAGAAGCCAUAGAGAAAACACACAGCACAACCUCCCAGGCAAUUCAGACUGGGAUGAAGAUGAAUGCAGAGUUCAUUAUGCUCAACCACUUCAGUCAGAGAUAUGCCAAGAUCCCACUGUUCAGUGAAGACUUCAGCGAGAAGGUUGGAAUUGCAUUUGACCAUAUGAGAGUACGGUUUGGUGACUUUCCCGUCAUCCCAAAGCUGAUUCCACCUCUGAAGGCUUUGUUUGCAGAUGACAUUGUAGAAAUGGAGGAGCGGAAGGAAAGACGGGAGCUGCGCCAUCUGAAGGAGGCUGCUAUAGUCUUGGACAAACUGGCUGAUGGUAAGAAUGAGGAAGCACCAAGCCAAAAACGGAAACAAGCCAAGAACGGUCAGGAAGUGCCGAGCAAGAAACUUAAAACAGUGAACUGAAACAAUUUCAAGAAUGUUCUAUUCUGUAUGAGGUGUCCCAUUCUCUCUGGGCCUCUGGAGUGCACAGCGCCGAGGACUGCCCUCAAGCACAGUGGAUAAGGGCUGGCGUUAAAGUUCAGUCUCUGUGUUUACUUGGUCAUCGGUGGAUCCACGUGGGCUGAAUCUACCAAGCAUGCUGUAAGCAGCGCAACUCCUCCUGGCAACAGUGUCUACCCCUGCAGUUCCUGGUUUUGGAUCUUGCUAGUCCACAUGUCUCUUUUCUUUUAGUCAAAAAAUUUUCCUUCUGAAAUGUUUUAUUUUUGUUUUUAUGCUGGAAGCUAUUGAUAAUGUAACAGCAGUGGCUGUGACCUUUGAAGUUGCAAGAGAUCAGGUUUGAGAAGCCCUUGUAGGGCUGUGUGGAUUCUCCAGAAUAAUGUGGGCAGGUCUCUGGGUAUCUGAGGAAUGUAACUAGGUAUCAGAACCCAGAUUAUAGGAGGAAAUUGCACAAUAAAAUGGGACCCAAUUAAUUGAUUUUAAAGCUUUAGAUUAACUUAAGGAUCUUACUUCUACUGUGUUCCCAUUUUAUUUUGGUUUUCUCAGUUGAUCUUUCAAAAGACCAGUUUUCUGAAACCUUUAUUCAGAAUCUGAAUAAACUAG